AUGAGCAACGCUCCUCCCACCCCCCCUCCCGUAAAUCCUAUCGAUAUAGACGAUGAAGCUCGCACAACCGCCUCUUCUGUUUUACAAACGGCUGAUUCCACCACCGAAGCUCCUGAAACUUCUGUAGCAGGGGAAUCGAAUCUCUCGGAGCAGGAGGUUCCAACUUCGACCGCGACCAAUAUCGAUACCUCUUUCUCUCCAUCGACGGCGGUAUAUCAACGCUAUCUACCGAAGCUUCUUGAGCACAGUGCAAAUGGCCAGUGGAAAGAGUUUAUUGAGGAUGCUAUGAAGGCUGAUCUUUCGCUUGACGGAGAACAGGAUCCGAAUCGUUUGCAAAUUACGAUUCCUCUGGUACUGGCGUACAUGGUGGUAGACGACCUUCCUGUUGCAAGAUCCCUAUUGAGACAAAUGCACGCCUUCUUCCCGGAGGCACCGAUCAUUCAAACGCUCGGAAGUCUUUUAGUAGCCGUCUCUGGCCGUGACUACAGUCAGAUAUACAAGCGUGCUGAAGCUCUGAUAGACUACGUUGCGUUGCCCAACUUUCCUUUGCGAGAGCUGGAGAAAAUGAUUCAAAACAUUGUUCCGUUCUUUGUCAACCACUUCCGGAAUCAGACGUUGGUACUAUUAACACGGGCGUACUCAUCACUCAGCAUGAAACUGGCUAUCAGUUAUAUUGGUCUACCACCGGAUAAAGUACUGAGUUUCUUAUUAAAGAAUCGUUGGACGUAUGAUCAAACGACGGAAAUAUUUACUCCGCCAAAGAUAAAAGGAAAAGGAAACACGCCAAUAGUUCCAUCUACUUUGGAUCAUUUUCAUGCGCUGGCUGGGAGCGUUACGCGACUGGAGAUGUAG